CUGUAGAAUCUACAUCGCAGGCUCCGAAAUAGGCGUCAUGUCAAUAUCGUUCCCAAAGAAGAAAUAAUUGUUAUGAAUUUUCAUUCAGUUUCAAUAGCUGCCGGGCGAAAACAGAAUUGAGCGUGCGGCUGUCUUCAGGUCCGCUACCACUAACUAGCGUCGACUUGUGCAGAGCGACGUAAAGCAUAAUCAUCCUACGAAGAGCUAAGAAUUUAUAUUCCAGAUCAAGAAUCAUUUUAGUUGCUUUGAGGUCAUGAUGGUAGUGGAGAUGGAGCGCUGAACUGGCUCAUCACGUCUGUACCAGUCGCUGUUGUCUUAUAAGUCCGUCGCUGAACCGCUCCACGUCCAAUCAUGAGUAUGGACCCACUAGCAUUAGUCGGUGGUCCUCUGGCUGGACCGGUCACCACAAGGCAUCGGCCGAAACGAGACGAGCUGGCCAGAUGGGUGAACGGGCUACUGCCGGACUCUGACAGCGCUCUGAGAACCAUGCCUGGAACGUUGGCAAGUGACUUUGCAGAUGGUCAUCUUCUGGGACUGCUCAUGAUGCAGUGGGGACUUAUGAAAAGAGGCGAGUUCAAGAAGUUUCGCAAAGGAAGAUCCAACGAUAUCGCCCUGCACAACUAUCGAAUGCUGGAACCAAUUUUCAGAAUUCUCCGCUUGGACAUCACUCCUGAUGCUGCUGCUGCUCUGAUCAAGGGCAACCAGCAGGCCGCUAUCGAUCUACUCGUGGAGCUGAAGUUCAUGUUUGAAGGUCGUCCGGCGAGAGGACCCGUCUUCAAUCAAGACUUCGUGCAGCACAAGAAACGAGAAGCCGGAGCUGAUGGAGACGCCCGAGUUGGUGACCUGAAAUCCUUGGACUGGAUGAUGAAACUGCAAGAACGAGUGCCGCCUCGUCAACAGGAAACUCUUCACGAUCGCCUCCAGCGUACGUUUGACCGGAAGCAAGGAUCAUCCAUGGCAUCGGGCGGCCACACAAGUAGAACCGAGCUGCCCGGAGUGUACGAUCAUUUGCCAGAGAUACAGCGAGAAAGAAUGCAGCAGAGAGGCAGCUCGAUGGAAACACGAAAGACACCAUCGCUGUCCGAGUUAGCUGCUGGAUACAGUGCUAGGGAUGGCCUCUCCCGCCAAAGUACGAGCCGCUCACAAUCGCAGCAAUCACAGCGGUCACAGCAGCAGCAGCAGUCUAGCCAAGAGUACACUGCGCUGCAGAUUGUAAAGCCCGUUGUCGAUGCCAGACGUGGACGUGGACGUCCAGCUAGUGCUGGUGACUCAGAAAGAAAUGCCUUCAUUGAAAUUCUCGUACAAGGAUUUCCUGUUGGCAACGAUGCCACAUUGAGCGAUCAAGCAACACAGCGCCUUCGCCAGCACUUCCAAGAGCAACAUCCUGAUGCCGGAACAGCUUACAGGACACCACCACCACCGCCCGAGCAUCUCCUACUGAAACAACGCACUGACGAGGAUGAUCUGCGAUGCUGCACGUCAGAACCCCUGCUCACAUCGCCAAUGGCCAUGCGAAGAAUGGACUACGCAUGCCUGGACGAUGCCCUGCUUGCAUUGCAGAUUCAACCGGGCCAAACUCUACCAUCACAACUGGGGGCCCCUGAACUGUCACAGCCAGCAAAAUCGGCAACGCCACAGGAGCAACUACCUCCAUUGGCUCCGAGUGGCACUGACCGUGAGUGGCUCGAAGGCUUGGCCAAGAUCGACCAGCAGAAGUGGGCACAUGAUCCAAUAGCCGAUGAACCAGAUGACUGGGGCAAGGUGUCUGGAUCAGUGUUGAAUUUCGACCCGGCAAAGUUGCGAGAGAAGCUGGGAGUGUCUCGUGCUGGUACUUUCCCGAAGCGGCCCGUGAAAUCAUUUGAAGAGCAGAAGAAGGACAAGGCGCGCAUUGACGCACUACUCAAGAAGCACAGAGAACGGCUGAGAAGAAUCCACAGGGGCAAGGAGAAGACCGCCAGCAGUGCUGAAGAUGACUUGAUCAAUGUCAAUAAGUGGAUGCAAGAACUUGAAGAGCAUGAAGUGAAGGUGGAGGGCAUGGCGAGGGAAACAGAAUUAGCGAAGGAAGAAGAAGAGAUGGCCAAGCAGUCCGUCGUGGAUGAAGUGACGAUUGGGCCGCUGAAGAGAGCCAUUCUCGGCGAGUCCUCUGACCACUACUCCCGAACAGAGGAGCUUUUCCUGUCACAAGUUCAGAGUCGAGAAGCAGAAGCGCAGCCGCAUGCCGCGCUGGCCGAACGGCGCCAGAGAAGCGAACAGUUUGAGCAGAGUCGCCCGUACGUGCACCCACACCUCCUGCGGCAGGACCACAGGCACACGAAAGCUCCGCUGUCGUCGGAACAAAUCGACGCGGCACAAGAGAUCUCUCCCGCCGUCAAGGUGUCCAUGCUGGAUAGACCUACACUGAAAUGUGACCAGCUUCUCAUCGCUCUUGAGCAGUGUAAGAACAGGACUGGGGAAGUGACAGCGACCCAAUCAGAUGACGAGUACAAGGCUCGUGUCCAAGAGACGCUUCAAAGCAGAAUGCUGGAAAUGCGCUUAGAGGAGGACAAGAGGGCAAAAACCAGGAAGAUGUUGAGACCUCGGCGCCGCUCGAUGCCAAUGUUCAUGCGGGAAGACCCGGACAAUGUCGAGAGGGACACGGAGGAGUGGAGUGAAGCACAGCACGCCUGCAUCCAGGAGAAGCUACAAGCUAAGCGAGCCGACAAGGCGGAGAGCAUCAGGAACCGGCGAUUCUAUCUCGAGGGCUUGCAUAAUCUGGUUCAAAAAAGCCAGCGCCAGGCUCUCCAGGAGGACAUCACCAGGUGCCGGGUAUCCGUCAAGUGUGCUGCGCAGGAACGAGUGGAAAACAGAAUGGAGGAGAUGUCAAAGGAGGCCAUCACCAGCAUCCUGGCUAUGAACAAUGCAAGUGCGGAGUAUCGCGAGCGCAGCCACGAGGAGAUUAUGAGCGAGAAAUUAGUGAGGCUCGAGAGACAACUGCAGCGAGAGGUCGAGGACUUCCAGAACCGCGUCAGCCUGGCGGUGCAGCAGAUUGAAUCGUAUCGCGUGAACCUGAGAAUGAAACAGCACGACGAGAACGUCAGAUUCUGCAAAAAGCUAACACGAGAGAUAGUGGACCUAGCUAUCCGCGACGCCAAGAUGAAGAAGCAAACGUUCCAGGAUAUGCCCGAGUUGGUGAAGCAAACAGUGAAGCUACUCUUCAUGUACGGAAAGCCAAUGUUCCCCAACAGCAUACCGGAUGACACCGACUGGCAUAUCUUAACAAAGGAGGAAGCCAAGAAGACGUCAGACGCUGUGGAUACGCUGUUGAACGAAAUUGACCGCAAGAAUUACCUGAACUACGGUGAUGAGUGGGCGUUUAGUCCAUUACCCGUAGCCAGUGAAGCAAAUGCUGAAAGUUCAGGAGAAGAGGCACCAUCGAAUGCAGUGAGCGCUCUGCGCAAAAUAAUGCACUUUGAGGCCGACAAGCCGGGGAAUUUCCUCAUGAUGAACAUCUUGCGCGCCUUGGAGGACUGGUCGAAGGAUAAGAACAAGGCAAAGAAGCCGGAGGCAUUGCCACCGAAAGUUGAAAUGCCACGGCAUCGUGUGCGAGGCGUUGUCCUGGGCAAGCCCUUUGCCGGGAAAACGGCACUAUUGAAGAGAGUGAGAGAAGAGUAUCCGUUGAAGAUCAUCACAAUGGACUACCUGGUGGAAUCAGCUGUGAAGGUAUUUGAAGACCAGAAGGCUGAGUUUGCAGCAACCAUGAGAAACCUGCGAGAGAGAAGCAAGCAAUUCCAACGAGAACGAGUUGAGAGGACGGAGCUCCAGAACGCAUCAGCACAAUCGGUUGCUGUUUCUCCAGAUGCUGCUCUCCCAUCGCAAGAGGAAGCUUUGAAGAGUUCUGCAUCAGUGGCUACCAAGUCGUCAAAGUCAGUCAGGCUUAAGACUCCAUCACGACCGGAAUCCGUCAGAACUCCUGCGACGCCCAUGCCCGUUGUCACGCAUGGAACCUCGCAAGUGUGUCCAAUCAACGGGCUGGUCAAUCUACCUGCAGAUCCUGAGAUUGAAGUCAUCGAUCCUGACUUCUCCGGCUCCUGGUUGAAGUUCUCACCAAGAGCCGUUGUUGGACGCAAGAUUGUGGAAUAUCUUGCAGUCGGAUGGUCUGUGCCAGACAAGGUUCUAAUGGAGCUGCUUGCCAUGGAGCUUCAAACUCUGGACAAGGACAUGGGUUGGAUCUUGGAUGGCUUUCCGAACACGGUGAAGCAAGCACAGAUGCUAGUCCAUGUAUUGACCGGAUACACAAGCGGUGACAUCCAGGAGGGUGAUUCCUUCGGCGCCAACAUGAAGUUCUGCCCACUGGAUGCUAAGACACCUAUUGUGCGAGUCUUGUCUGAAUUGCUACCGAACGUCCUUACCGGCAAGAACCCUCCACCGCUGAACAGUGGGUUGGAUUUUGUGGUGGAGUUGGAAGCUGAUGACGACAAGUGCUGCCGUAGAGGUCUUUCGCAUUACUAUCGGGAGUUUAUUCGUCACGAUCCGGAGCAGAUGAAGGAGCAGUUCAGUUCUCUUCUACCAUCACAUAUGCUACCUCUGCAGCACACCGAUCCACGAAUGGUUGUACACCUACACAAACAGAUGCAACAUCAUGCGCUGCACUCGGCCAAUCUAUUGCUGUUCUUCGAUACGUUUGGCAUAGUGCAGAGAUUCAAUGGCAAUUUGUCAAUGGACGAGAACUAUUCCCGCUUCAAGCUUCUUCUUGAUCACAUUGUUGGAGAGGCUAUUCUGCAAAUCAAGAAGGCGGCUGAAGAAGCAGUGGCAAAGAAGGCAGCAGAGGAAGCUGCACGACUGAAGGCAAUUGAAGAAGCAAAGCGCUUGGCAGAAACAAUAGUACCGGAAUCACCACCCAAGACACCAGUUCCAGAAAGUGGAGGAAAGCCAGCCAAGGGCAAAGGUGGCAAAGGAAAGGCCAGCGGCAAAGAGUCAGGGGCAAAGGGAGAGAAAAGCGGCAAGGCAUCGGCAGCAAAGGGGGAGAAGAGUGGUAAAGCUUCAGCAGCCAAAGGAGGAAAGGCUAGUGGCAAGAGCUCUGCAGCAAAGGGUGACUCACUUGCACCAAACGCAGCAGAACCUCCCGUUAGCCGUGAGCCUACACCACCUCCUCAGCCUGUCAGCCAUCCAUUUAUUGGAAACUACACGUUCUGUACUACAGAAAAACCAGACUUGGCACUCGUGGAUCUGCUGCUCAAUCUAUGGAGAGAUAUGGAACAGAAGUACUAUGCUGCUGUAGAGUUCGCGUUCCAAAAGAUACGCUUCCAGCGGGAGGCAAGCGUGCAGAAUAUUUUCGAAAUGAGGUCUAGGCUACUCAAGCGGUUUCAACUUGUCGAGCAAGAGGACCCUGAGUAUCUGGACGUCUUCUCGGCGGAGCUCCUUGCCAUCCAGCUGCUGAGACGUGCCAAGGAGGCCGGCAUUCAGAAGAGCGACCUGCACUUUGCAAUACAGGGCAUUGCUGCAGACCUGCUCACUUGCUGCGAUGCAACAGCCAAGAAUACUCUGGGAGAUAUUGCUGCCUGGAGACGAUAUGCCUUUGUUGAAGAUGGAAUUGGAUACAUAUCGAACAUCUUCAUCAGCUUUAUGCAGGCUGAGUUACUGAAGUUCCAGACCACGUGCCGCAUCAUGUUUGACUACUACAACAUGCUAGAAGGAUUGCAGCCAAGCAAAAGCACUGAGAAGAUACACUUCCUGCAGUUCCUCAAGGUUCCUACAGCCAAGGUUGCAGUUGGUCUGAUUCUACCAGAGCAUGCCGACGAUCUGGUGCGCGAACAUGGCGGCGUCCAAGCUGGUACACUUCCAAGUGCUGUACCUGGCUCCUGUCCUGGUGUUGAUGCAAGCGCUGGUGCUGAUCGGCCUAGGGACAAACACAGUACCAACAAUGUACUGACGUUUAUCACUCAAACAGGUUCAGUGUACAGCACAGACACAUCCGCACAAGAAGGACAGCAGCAGGACGUUCCGGCGUCUCAAGCAUCAGCUGCAGCAGCAGCAGCAGCAGGAGAAGCAGGUCAGGUCGGCUCGACACCAGCAGCAGCUGAGUCUGCAGCAAGUGAAGCUCCCCAAGUAGCUACUUCCACUGGGCUUUUUGGUGAAGAGCCCCAGCCAGCUGAUCGCGUGGUACGGGAUGUGGGUGCCCAGGCCGAGGAGCAAGUACAGAUUAUUUACAAGCGACUGGAGGAGAAGUACAAGGCGCCAGCUGUGGUUCAUGCGCCCCCAGUUGAGGAGGUCAACGAAAAGAAUCCGAAGAAGAAGGAAAAACCGGCAAAAGGUGGCAAGGGUGGCAAGGCAACUCCCGCUAAGGGACGGAAAGGCGCAGAGUCAGCUGUUCCAGAACCGGCUCCAGUGGAUCCUGCUGCAGAAAAGAAGGCCGAGCGCGUUCGCAAGAUCCGCAAGGAAGCCCUCGCCAAUCUGGAGAUGGAGAAGGAACGGUGCAUGGAGCGCCUCUACACCAUCCAGAGAAAUGCGUCCACGAUGAUGCAGGAGCUACAGGAACGAACGGAGAAAGUGUACACGAACAUCGCUGAGUUAGCUGUACAGAUGAGAGAGGCGAAGAAGAAGAGUAUAAUGGCAGCUAUGGAACUGGUUGAAGACGCCAUGGAAAGGCACGAAGAGUUCCGCUUUGCAAUGGACAUUACAGAGACGGAGCUGAAUAUUCACGAGGAUCGGAUUGUCGGCCAUGCAUCACCGCCCCACGCAGCGCCGAGUUUGUGCGAGCGUGCUGUGCCAGGUGUACCACUGGCAUGUGACCUGGAAGAGUUCACUGAUGAGAUGUUUGCCGAGCAGGACCAACAGCCCAUGCUGUCUGGUGAUGUCAUGGACGCGCUGGAGCGAGACGUGUGCUGCACGGUGCUCCCAGAUGACGGGACCACUCAGGACAAGGAUUGGCGUCUUAGAGCACUGACCAUCUUGCUCUCUUCAGUCAAGCCACUAUCACAGAGCCUUCUCCUGCAGUUGGCUGACAUGCUGAAGUCCGAAGACAAGGGGAAUAGUGGGUACAUCAGUCACGCUGACUUUCUCAACAGGUUCAAGGAGUGGCUUGACGGAGAGCCCGAUGGGUUUCUUCAUGCUCAAGAUGAUGACAUUGACCGGAUGUUGGAUGUCACAGAGUUUCUGUUCAAGGCACUGCACAAGAAGGGCAGGCUACCCUACAUGACCAUGAUUUUGCUUCUAUGCAAUGCAUCAACUCCUCUGGAAGGCUUUGUCAAUAUGCUGGCCGUUUCGACAGGGAAGAAGAUUGACAUGUACGAUGAUGCUGCAGAGAUUCCCCUUCUCAGUAUCAACAAGGUGAUCACCAACCCGAUGAUAUCAACGUGCCGUGGCGAUGAUCAUGCCACCAACCUUUCUAUGGAAGACUUCAAGCCGGAGUUGAAGGACAAGGCUAAGAAGUUGAAGGGCAUCCCUGACGAGAUAGUGGAGGCGUAUGAAGAAGCUCAGAAUCGUGGUAGGCUCAGAUCAUCGCAUGGACAUUCAAGUCUACAGAAAACGGUCCCUCUCCGCGAUGUCCUCACGCAUGCGUCCAUCAAGGAUUUCCUGAGUAAAUGCCGUGCCCUCCUUUGGCUGCCAACCAAACUUCCGGCAACAGCAACUGAAGAAGAAGAGCCCAGUGAGCAGCAGUCCACCCCGGCCGGCAUCCUAAUGGCGGUGCCUAACUGAUAUGUAGCUAAUCAACUCUGCUUACUCGUCAUACCGUUGUGUCAGCAGCAAUGUCUCAAUACUUAAAUGUUUUGUGGGUUCUCCAAUGCAGGUGGAAACAUCUUGCCAUGUGUUGUUGAUUUUUAUAUAUACAAGAUAAGUCCUUUAUUUUACGAAAACGAAUUUUCUUUGCAUGUGUUGCAUGUAGGAUAUCGGUAACUUUUAGUCAUAUUCUAUUAUGAGAUUAUUCUUCAUUUCUUUUUAGUCGUAUUUCCCCUUGCAUGCACUGGAUGUAUUGGAGUGUGUGUCAUAUCCAUGAUUAAUACUGAAUCUGAGCUCACACUGCAUCUUAGAAGCCACCAUAUGCUGGCCAACACAUGGUUAAAACAGUCAUGGGUGCACGACACUACGGUACGUGCACUGGGUGUGGCAUUUCCUCUGAACCUCCUAUGCAGGACACGUCAAUGAUGCAUGUCGGUUUGCAUCCACCCGUGCUGUUCGGACAAGAAUGCUUCAAUUUGCCCUAUGACGUUUGCAAUGGAUCACAUUCUUGAAUCA